UUAUGUCACGUGUAUGCUGAAAAAUGUAAAGCUCCGGUAAAGUUGGGUCAGAUUGAUUGACAAAUCGCAUAUGUAGCUCGUCAAAAAACUUUCACUGAUUUGUGCAUGCUUCCCGUGUGAGCCGGACCCGAAUCGCGCAAAAAUAACUAGGUCACUCGUUUUGCAGCUACUCUAAAUAGCAAAGAUUUACCACAAACAACUGUCGGAAUUCAGGCCAUUGCGUGACUUUCCCCGUUAGGAGCAGAAAACGCAACAGGAUUCAUCAAGGCUACUGAGUACCUAUAUCCUGUUAUAUCUUAUAAUUCUCGUAAUACGGAGCUCCCAGCCAUGGAUAGGAUAACGACUGCGGAUCCGAAGCGCGUGUCAACGAAUCUUGCCACAAUGUACGGAAGAAUCGCUCCAGGUCACGAACGAAUGAAGAUAUGCUUUUGCACGGAUUUGGACAAAUCGGUACUCAUCAGCAACUUUGAGAAACGCGGCUGGGUGCAGGUUUCAGCCGAUGACGAUUGGAAUUAUUACUGGGCAGGAACGGGCACGUGUCGAAAUAUUUUUAGCGUGGACAGUGGCUACCGAAUGCACGAUAACCAGCUGAUCAACCACUUUCCCAAUCAUUACGAGCUGUCGCGGAAGGAUUUACUGGUGAAGAAUAUCAAACGCUAUCGGAAGGAUCUGGAACGGGAUGGGAAUCCACUGGCGGAGAAAACGGAAGCCAAUAUGCCGGGGGGAUCGAAAUAUUUGUAUUUGGAUUUUAUUCCCAUUACCUUCGUACUGCCGGCCGAUUAUAACAUGUUUGUUGAGGAGUACCGUAAAAACCCGCAAAGCACAUGGAUUAUGAAGCCAUGCGGAAAAUCUCAAGGAGCAGGUAUUUUUCUAAUCAACAAACUAUCCAAGUUGAAACGGUGGUCCAGGGAGGCGAAGACCUCAUUUCAUCCACAGAUUGGGAAGGAGAGCUACGUUAUUUCAAGAUACAUUGAAAAUCCCCUACUGAUCGGGGGUAAGAAAUUCGACCUACGGCUGUACGUUCUGGUUACAUCGUUUCGACCGUUGAAAGCGUACCUUUUCCGGCUAGGAUUCUGUCGAUUCUGUACGGUUAAGUACGAUACUAGCGUGACCGAGCUGGACAACAUGUACGUCCACCUGACCAACGUCAGUGUUCAGAAGCAUGGUGGAGAGUACAACAACCACCACGGGGGCAAGUGGAGCGUUCAAAACUUACGUCUCUUUCUGGAGGGUACCCGUGGCAAGGAAGUGACGGAUAAGCUAUUUGGUGCGAUCACCUGGUUGAUUGUUCACUCGCUGAAGGCAGUUUCCAGUGUGAUGGCCAGUGAUCGACACUGCUUCGAAUGCUACGGGUACGACAUCAUAAUCGACAACACGCUCAAACCUUGGCUGGUGGAGGUCAAUGCAUCACCGUCGCUAACGUCGACUACGGCGAACGAUCGGAUACUGAAGUACAAGCUGAUCGAUAAUAUUCUGAACAUCGUUCUGCCACCGGAUGGCAUUCCGGAUGUACGAUGGAACAAAAUUCCUAGUCCCGACAUGCUUGGAAACUUUGACCUGCUGAUCGAUGAGGAGAUCGCUGCUCAGGAUGACGGUGCUCCCAGUACCAACGGCAAAAGUAGAUCCAGCAGUAAUCGAUGGAAAUGAGAGUAAAUUUUACAACUUUUUUUUUCUCAGUAUAACUUUUAUUUUCAAUUUUUUAUUGGUUUUCAUUGUUUCGAUUUACAAACGAUGUUUGCGCUGUUGUGACAAUAUUGGUUUGAUUUAUUACUGCUAUAGGUGUGUCUUUGUUUUUCAAACUGGUACAAAUGCAAAUGACCAAUGCUUUUUCCCCGGGUGUGGUGGAAUAGUUCAGCUUCAAAGUUACAAAGUGUGUUUGCGUGUGUCGUUUAUUCUUCAAAUUUACUAGAACGCGUUGGAUUCGAUGAAAAUUUCCUAUUUAAAAUAAAUGUAUUUUUUUCUUGACUGUUUCAUCUGGUUUCAUUUCCAAAUAUAGG